GGAACGGCGUUUGCCGAGGCCGAGGCGGAAGCCGGAGCCUUUGGCGGACGGGACCGCGGGAACCCGGAAACGCCUGGGCCGCAUCGAGGCGGCCCCGGCGACAGAGACGGCGGGAGCCGGUGGCGCUGCGGGUCAGCGGGCGCGGCGGAGCCGGCGGGCUCGGCAGCCUGGGGCGUCCGGCGUCGCGGAGCCCGGAGCUUCAGUGCGGGCAGCUGGCCGAGCCGCACGGCGGACCAAUGAAGAGAAAACAAUGUCUGCCAACCUAAAAUAUCUUUCCUUGGGAAUUUUGGUAUUUCAGACUACCAGUCUGGUUCUGACGAUGCGUUAUUCUAGGACUUUAAAAGAGGAGGGUCCUCGUUACCUAUCUUCUACAGCAGUGGUUGUGGCUGAAUUUUUGAAGAUAAUGGCCUGCAUCUUUCUAGUCUACAAAGACAGUAAGUGCAGUGUGAGAACACUGAACCGAGUACUGCACGAUGAAAUUCUGAAUAAGCCCAUGGAAACACUUAAGCUCGCUAUUCCAUCGGGGAUAUACACUCUUCAGAAUAACUUACUCUAUGUGGCACUGUCAAACCUGGAUGCCGCCACUUACCAGGUUACAUAUCAGUUGAAAAUACUUACAACAGCUUUGUUUUCUGUGUCUAUGCUCGGUAAAAAAUUAGGUGUGUACCAGUGGCUCUCCCUGGUAAUUCUGAUGGCAGGAGUUGCUUUUGUCCAGUGGCCUUCAGAUUCUCAAGCACUGGAUUCUCAGGAACUUUCAACUGGCUCGCAGUUUGUAGGCCUCAUGGCGGUCCUCACAGCCUGUUUUUCUAGUGGCUUUGCUGGGGUUUAUUUUGAGAAAAUCUUAAAAGAAACAAAACAAUCAGUAUGGAUAAGAAACAUUCAACUUGGUUUCUUUGGGAGUAUAUUUGGAUUAAUGGGUGUAUACGUUUAUGAUGGAGAAUUGGUAUCAAAGAAUGGAUUUUUUCAGGGAUAUAGUCAACUGACAUGGAUAGUUGUUAUUCUGCAGGCACUUGGAGGCCUUGUAAUAGCUGCUGUCAUUAAGUAUGCAGAUAAUAUUUUAAAAGGAUUUGCGACCUCCUUAUCCAUAAUAUUGUCAACAAUUAUAUCCUAUUUUUGGUUGCAAGAUUUUGUGCCAACCAGUGUCUUUUUCCUUGGAGCCAUCCUUGUAAUAGCAGCUACUUUCUUGUACGGUUAUGAUCCCAAACCUGCAGGAAAUCCCACAAAAGCAUAGUCAUGUACUAUCUUUAACUGACUUUUCACGAUGGUGCCCUAGGAAUCUCAACAAAAUUAAUCUUGCACAGAGGACUUCUGCAGACUGUGUGAAGAUAUCAUCGUGCUAAAUCUGAUCAUACUGUUCAAAUGAUUUGAAAAUGAGCACACGUCAGGAUGAAACAUGUAUAUCAUCUGGAAACCCAAACUUGGAAGUGUGUCCAGGGAGUGGCAUUAGAGGGUAUGGGGAGGAGGCCUGAAGUCUGAGCUCGUAAUGACUUCACCCUUCUGGUUGCUGCAGAACUGUCCAGUGCAGCCUUUGCAAGAGCGCACAAAUGCAAAUACCAGUGUUUGCAAGGUAGAUCUGCUUCUUCUCAUCACAUGUUCUCAGUCUUACUCUUUCUGCACAGAUAUAUCAAAUCACAUGCACUAUUCAAAGUUGGAAAAUUAUAAUUGCCUAUAAAGCUGUGAACAAACAAAUAUAAUUUAAAACCAUUUUCAUGUAUCUGGGAUUUUUAUAUUCAUACAGAAGAUUGCUAAGCAAAGGAUUGCUAAGUGUUAUUUGUUCAAUUACAUAAAACCUGAUGAAGUAGUAGUCUGAGUUUGAUUCAUAUUUAACUUUAGUGUAGAGAGAAUCUGUUUCUUUGUAUAUCUUUAGACCAUUUACUGCUUUGAGACAGCCGAAUGCGGCUUGCUUCAUCACAUGCUAGAGGAGCCGGGGACGUUGACACUAAGGACGUUUUACCAUCAUUUUCCAGCUGUAUUUAUUUUCCAUAUAGAAGAGAAAUUCUUACUAUUACCUUCAAUUGAAUUUGUGUGUGUUGCCAUUAAACCUUUUUUAAUGAUUGAAAGGGAUUAAGUACUGCUUUGAUAAUUGAAAAUGAAGGAGUGACUCCUGGCCAGUCUCCAUGUGGAGGAGUCUGAACCGUGAAGCGUACACUGUGUAUAGUUUGAAAUGGAGAGUUUCCUGUUGUUCUGCAGUCAAGAUUUCCUCGUCUGCAACUGUGGACAGAAGUAGCGAUCACAAUAGUACUAGUCAUAUCAGUGGACCAAGAGCAAGCUGGCUUUCUUACAGACAUUCCCUACUGCCAGAGUACUACGGUUGUUUUAAACAGGCCUUCCUUAUGUAGCCCAGGCUGGCCUCCAGCUCACAGAGAUCUACCAGCCUCUGCCUCCCGAGUGCUGGGAUUAAGGGUAUGGGAACCCUGCCCAGCUCACUACAUUAUUUUAAGUAGUACUCUAAUUUAAAUUCAAAGGCUGUUUAGAAGUUUUUAGGUCUUAAAAGGCCAUUAUCCCUAAGAAUACACUGAUCAUGUGUCUGGAGGAGGGGGUGGCAUUCUGAGUUCCCUUUCUAUGUCCCCAUGAGUGCUGCUGGAGAGGAGCAACCAUUUGCUUUAAAAUAGUCAAUUUUGUCUCUUUUUAACACUGGAGUCGAGGAUAUAAAUUAUGAGUUAUUUAAUAAGAUGAUUCAAAAGAGAGAAUAUAUUAGAAAUAGUAAAAUGAAGUGAGAUGCAAAAAUACAUUCUAUAUUUGGAAUAUAAUUUAUUUAAUUAUUGACUAUAUGCAGAAUUACCUAUUGAAUAUAAGAUGUAUUUUACUUUAUUUUUUCAUUUAUCUUGUAUAUAUUUUAAAAGUUUGUUCUAAUGGAUACAAACCUAUAAGAAGAUGACUAUUUUUUAUGUAGUUCUAAUAGAUUUUGUUAAUGGAGUUUUGUUAAAUAGUACUCAAAAGUACUAUUGUUAAGAAGUGUAAGGUACCCUUGGCUAACUUGGACUGGCUGUUUGAUCUUGUUAAUGCACAUGUACUCUUAACAGUGUACAUGCCUAACCAAUUCCAUACAGAGUUUCAAAGUUUUCAAAACUGAAAAUUAAACUGUUUAAAGUCAUUGCACCAGCAAUGACAGAGUGAUACCAGGUUUUCUGAAUGCCAGGUUUGUGGUUUUUCAGUGAUUGAGUAACUUACAGAGAUUGAAUUUUGAGCAUUUUGAGCAAAGUGUAUGGCCACCACAGCAUUCAAGCUAUGUCCUAGGACCUAUGACUAAGUGCAAGCUAGAUCUUGCAGAUGUUCAAAAUUAAUGAAUACAGAUUCCUGUUCAGCUCACACUGAAGUAUUGUGUGGGUAACUGUGCUAAUAAAGUGUGGAGUCACAGCUAAUGGUUACUUAAAUCUAGUCUAUCCCUGUCUUAACCCUACAGAAAUUUAUACAGAUAAAGUAUUGGGUAUUCAGAUGGUUAAAGUAAUAACAUUUCAGGUGUCUGAAAAUCUUUUAUUAGGUGUCAUUUAUAUCUUUUUGGCCAGUUAAAAAUGUUAUUGGGCUGAAUGUAUAGUUUAAAAUUUAUAAGGAAAUAAUCACAUUUGGUGGAAAAUGGGCUUGUAGCCUACAUUGUGUCGUAUAUAUUGAUACUGAAACUUUGUGCUACAUGGUUUGUGUGUUGACAGUGUUCAAAGGUGUGACUGUCAUGCUUUCCUAGUAACUUUUGGAUUAUUUAAAUCUUGUGCUUUUAGAGUGUACUUGUUGUUUCUCUUUUCACUGAUCUGGAAUGUGUGCAUUCAUGGAGGAAGAGUGCCAGCUGAGAGCCGCAUUAAAGCUAGGCACAGCACGCUGCCAGAAAGCUUGAUGCAAUAGCAGGCCCACAGUGCAGCCUAGCAGCUCUUUACUGAAUAGUUUCCAGGUUGUUAGUUACUUUCCUAAUGGAAUAUAUAGUUUACAAAUGCAGAAUUCAAUGUUUGCAUCAGUUUCUAUGGAAU